ACCAUCACCAUCCUCACCGUCAUCGUCAUCAUCCCAGGUUGAAGCGAACAUCCUCUCGCUCGCUCUGAAAACUGCCCCUUCCUCUUCCUCUUCUUCGUCGCCCGUCGCCGUCGAAGACAAAGGGGCGGCGGGGAGAGGAAGAAAGAAGAUACGAUGAAGAAACGUUACGUGGACGCGAGCAGGCUCCGAAAGAUGAAGAAAUUGAAAAUAAGCGAGAGGCUAUCUGAAAGUGCAUACACAUUCCUGAAGUUUAUGGCCAUGUGGAUGUUGGUGCUGCUGGCAGAUUUUCUUUUGGAAUUUCGUCUGGAAUAUCUGUGGCCAUGCUGGCUCUUUUUUGGGAGUGUGUACACAACGUUCCAUUGCCAUGGACUGGUAAUUUGUGUGGUUUUUGUGUGUGCUGCCUUCACACUUGACAUCUUUUGUUUGAUUUUUGUUCCUUUGCACUGGCUCUUUUUUGUGGCCAGCACCUAUGUCGUAUUCAAUUAUAUUUGGCACACAGAGAAGGGCAUCUGUAUCUCCACUGUGUCCCUGUGGAUUCUUCUUGUAUACACAGAGGCUUCGCUCCGACUCAAAGACCUCAAAACCUCUCAUGCCAACCUUUCUCAUCUUUUUGCAGCUCACUGCAUUGGAUACCCGGUGGUAUAUCUGGGCUUUGACGCCACCUGCUACUUCACCAACAUUUUCAAGCUGCGCAUCCAGAAAGCAGUGCAGAGUGACAAUGACUUUCACAUGCACCUGCUGCAACAUUCGCUUCCACCGGGUUUGUCACUUUACCCCAAGAUGGCGCCUGACAUUGGCCCCUCCAAAUGGAAGUCAAAGACUGAGACCACUCAGUACCUGUGUCAAAACGGAGCUGUUGUCCCCCAAGACGAGUCCCACACCGUAGACUGCCUCCAAAUCCAUAGCGAGGAGCGAGCGCCCGAGAAGGCGACGCAGGAAGUCCGCUCAGCCGAGCCAAGCCGUAAACCAUUGUUGUCCAAAGGCAGCUCGAGUGAGUCCAGAGUGUCGAUCCACAGCUGUUCACCUGGACCAGAAUCCUCCACGACCUCAGAAAAACUACCUCAGGAGGAGCAGGCCAGCAAAGCUUCACGUGUAGUGAAGAACUCCUCACCCAAAGUCCGGGGCACAAACACGGCUACACCUUCACCACCUGCAAGCAGGACAGAGAAGAAACAGCGAAAAACAGUUAGCCCGAACCGGGAAGGAGCGGACAAAAGUUCGAUCGUGGCUCAGAAUCAGCAUGCUGAGCAGCUCAGCAGGCUGGAGCAAGAGCUGCGGAAGUUGAGAGGCGAGCUGCAGGUGAGCCGACACAGCGAGCAGGAGCUAAGGAGUCACAUCUGCAACCUCACCAACAGCGAGAGAAGCCUAAGGCCCGAAGUGGCCCUGCUGCGACAGUCCAACAUGCUGCUGCAGGGCAAGAUCAUGUGCUUGAGCAAAACCAAACAGCGGGACAAGCAGACCAGUGCCAUGCUGGAGAAGAAGACACGGGCAGAGACAGAGGCGAGGCUCUCGCUGGAAAGGCAAGUGGCCGAGCUUCAGGCUCACAGACCCGAAGACGGGGCCAGCGCGGCAAGGACCAUGACCACCAGCAGGCAAGAAAACAGUGAAAGCCAAAUGCUAAGGAAGCGGGUUAAAGAUCUCGAGGCGGACUACAAACAUCUACAGCUGCAGAAUCAAGUUAAAGAGAGCCGUGUACUUGAUCUAGAAAGUGAAGUAGAGUCUUUAGGAAAGUACCGCGGAGUGGAAAAGGACACAGAAAUGCUGCUGUCCACUCUGUCAGCCCUUCAGGACAAGGCUCAGCAUCUGGAGUACAACCUGAGCGCGGAGACGCGCAUCAAGCUCGACCUCUUCUCAGCACUUGGCGAUGCCCGAAGACAGCUGGAGAUCGCUCAAGAUAAGCUUCUGAGGCAGGACAAGGAAAUCAGCGGCAUGAAGCAGAAGAUCGCCGAGGUCAUGGCGGUCAGCCCCGCCGUGUCCUACGUGGCCCCCCGGCCUCCCGUGCCUCAGUACCUCACCAAACUGCUCGGCUCAGAGCGCUACAUGCUUAACCCACGUACCCUCAUGUACCAGUGUCUGAAGAAGUAGACUGGAGGGCUCGGCGGGAAGGAAUGUCGGCAUUUGUCUGCUUCCGGACACGAAGCAACCCCUCACUCGACAACAGGCCUUUGGAUUGCGCCACCGGUAAUAACGUAACAUCUCGUUCAACGGUUUAAUCCACUAAACAUCCGUCGACGAUGCCAUUUCAGUACGGUUGGAUCUUGACUUUUAUAUCAUUCCAUGCUUUUUUAUGUAACUCAGCUCAUGUUUUGAAUGAUUUACUACUUUAGUACAGUGGGACAACAACAGCGAUAUCAUCUGCUUAUUUUUAAAAGCAGUCACUAUCUUUCCUAGAAAGAAGAAAUUUAGCAAAAAGACAUCAUAAACAAACAAACAAAAAAAAAAAGCACAAAAUGUCAACUUAUGGUGGUGUUGUGAAGUUUGCUGUCGCCUUCUAGUGGCGAAUUGCCUGAAGCUCACCCAAAUAUAGGUCACAUUUUGCUUAUAACACAAAUUUGAGAGAUAAAAAUGGAUCUUUUUUAAGUCAGGCCUCAACUGUUAAGGCCAUCUGACAUAUUAAAACAAGUUAACUUAAUGAAAAGCACAACAAUCUUGCGAAUGUUAAAAUCAAUGAAAUUAUGAUGGAAACAAGAAUAUAUGAAAAGAUUUAACAGAUAUAAAGCAUUUUUACAUACAAUCACUUUUAGGCGCAAAGUGUUAUCUGUAUUAUUUCAGGAUUUUAUGACGAACAUUUUGAUUAACGUAACUAGUUUUAAACAAAACUAUUAUUUUUGUGUUCUUAAACUUUGACAACAUUUAAAGGGAUCCACGGACAGAAAGAUUUGUAGUUAUUAAAAGAUAAAUGUUAAUAUGAGUGAAAGUAAUUUGAUAUUGAAACGCCUCGAUGUUUUCGUUUUUAUACAAUUUGUAAAAUUAGUUUAACUAGUAGGUCGCCAUUGUUGUUGACUUCCCAGGGCGGUGACGUCACAUAGUUACGCUGCCGGGCUUCCAGAGUUCGACUUUUGCGACAUAACAUGUGAUCUGUUCAACCCUUUCAAUUAGAACUCGAGAGGAAUAUUAAUGAGCAUGACCGCACUGUCGAUAUCUCACAAAACGAGCAGCAAAAGCAAAAUGAACAGGAAAGACGGGAUGAGACAAAAGUAGGGGGGGAAAAAACCUUGUUCUGCCAAAAUCUCCUACACCGGCGAAAUGUCAUACAAGAGGGCAAUUUGACACCCAAAGUACUACCCUGCGCUUUCAGCUUGUUUUGUUUACCUAUAUACAGGAAGAACAUACUAAAGAUGCCUUAAGAAAAUACUUCAAUGUAGUCAUAUCAAAUAAGGGUGUUUUAAAUAUGCUACUUGACUAAAGUGAUCCCUCGUUGCUUCGCGCUUCAAACUUUUUUUUUUUUUUUCCAAUUAAAAAAAAAAGAUAAAUAAUUACAGAUGAGCUCUCCGGAGCCGAUCGCCAAGUCUCAUGCUCGCUCCCUCCUUCCCUCUCCCUGCUCUUUGUUCAUCAGGGAGUGAACUGGAGUUGCUUAUUAAAGUAAACGAUGAUUGACAAACAAUUAAGCUUUGAUCUUGCCAGAGACUCGACCUUCAAAGGGCCACAUGUGUCAAUCAUCAUUUAACUUGUUAAACAGUUGCUAUGGCAACUCAUUGUGUUUAAGGGGACAGUUGGAGCACAUUUGAGUGGACACUCAAUGAAACAUUCAAUCAAGACAAGCAUUUUUUCCCUUUUUUAAAAUGGAUUGGGCAUCUUUUUUUCGUGUUUAAAAAUAAUUCUGUGGGACAGUCACAUGUUUGAAACUUAUUAUAAUCAUUACAUUUAAAGUGCUUAAAAACCAUUUGUCAAAAUAUAUAAAUAUACACAUGAAAUUUUUUUAAUUAUACAUUGGGGUAAAAGGUAAAAAAAUAUCUUAUAUGUAUCCCUUUCUAAUUAUAGAU